AUAAAAAAUAGAUUUUGAAUUAAAUGAAUGUUGCAAAAACCAUGUUUUUGAUAAUUGUCGUAGAGGUUUCUUGCCUUAUUUUGACAGCUUACUGCGAUGACAGACAGAAUGGGAUAUGCACCAAUAACACAAGGAGAGUUUGCUGCGCCCAUUUCGAAUUAAAGGAUCAAACUUGCACAAAAUGUAAAAAAGGUUACUACAAUUUAAAAAUCAAUUCAACAUGUAAACCGUGUACACGUGGCAAGUACGACACAAAGUGUACGAAGACAUGCUCAUGUAACAGCAAUGAAAGGUGCCAUCAUGUAACAGGAUGCAUUCUUGAUCAUCUGACAACCACUGAAAAUAAAGAUGAGAGUAAUAUGAAUUAUAAAGGUACAGAUACAAAAUCUGAUAAUGGUAAUGGCAAUGUUGCUAUCUACAUGACAUGUGUUGCAGUCGCCAGCAUUCUAGUUGUUGUUUCUAGUCUCAUUGUGAAGAACAGAAAGAUAAUUUGUAGACAAAAAUCCCGAAACAAUUCUCUUACAACCAAUAUUAAAAAAAUAAAGCAACCUACCUUCCGUUUUGGACGAAAUAAAAAGGUGGCAGAAAGCUUGUAUGAUGAAAUAAAUGAAAAAUACAUGAUUAAUUUCGAUGGAGAAUAAUAAUGAUAGCUUAUAUGGAACUACUUGAACAUUAACCUUUGGUAAUAUUUCGGUUUUAAUUCAUUGGCGUAUUUCAGUUUUUGCUGUUCAAAUAUUGUAUUUCAAAAGGUAAAAUGAAAACAAAGUUAUAGGUAAAAAGUCACUUAGGAAUAGGAUAGGCAGUGAUGAUUAAAAGACUUCUAUUGCU